UUUUGCGAAUCGGUCCCUCCAUUCCGUCGAAUUCGCGCGCGCGGGGGCAGCGCUCCCAACCUGUUCCCCUGAUCCGGCGCGGCCAUGGCGGUGAGCGGGAGGAGCACGAUGGUGGGAGAGAUGGAGAGCAGCUUGGAGAGGGUGAGGCGGCAGCUCUCCUCCACCUCCAGCCGCCACCUCCUUCAGGGCCCUCUCUUGAAGCGAUCCGACACACUAAGAAAAUGGAACGAGCGGUGGGUUAUACUCGAUCCUGCAACUGGAAAAAUGGAAUACAAGAUUCGUAGAAGUGAUGCAGCUGUCAAGGGAAUAAUAGUGUUUGAUUCAACAAGCACUGUAAUGUUGUCACCGACGAACUUUCAUGGACUGCCAAAAUAUGAGGGGUGCUGUUUCUAUAUUGGAACCCCACAGAAAAAAGAAUAUUUUCUUUGUGCAGAAACUCCCAGCGCUGCAAGAGCUUGGGUAUCCACUUUACAUGCAUCUCAGUUAGUGCUACAAGCUCACAAAGAAGCCGUGAAUUCAUUGGGUGGGAAUGGCCCUACCAAAUUGGGAAAAGUUGCUACAGUUGUGGCUGUGGCUAAUGCGACUGCAAUUGAAGCAACCAAAGAGGUAGAGGCAGCAAUGAAGAUAUCACUGCAGGCAGCUUUGGGGUCAACCACAAAUAAACUCAGUAAUGGUCAAUUAGAUGAUCUCACUUUAAUGAUGGAGACCCUUCGAGUUAAAGAUGAUGAACUGCACCAGCUAUUGCAAGAUAUUCGUGCACGCGAUGCAACCAUCAGAGAAAUCACAGAUAAAUUACAGGAGACUGCUUCUGCAGCUGAAACUGCUGCUUCUGCAGCUCAUUCAAUAGAUGAACAGAGAAGAUUUUUAUCUUCAGAACUCGAGCGCCUGAAACAAGAUCAGGAAAAACAAAUUGAACUGUCAUUGCUUCGGUUAAGGGAAUCAGAAGAAAAGGCAAAGCUUCUUUCUGAAGAGAGGGAUCAUUUACUCAAGGAAAGAGAUUCUGCUCUUCAAGAGGCUCAAAUGUGGCGUUCUGAACUAGGAAAAGCUAGAGGAAAUGCUGUAAUUUUAGAAGCAGCUGUUGUAAGAGCUGAAGAGAAAGUAAGAGUUUCAGCAGCAGAUGCCGACAUGCGAAUAAAGGAUGCUGUGAAUAGACUCGAGUCUGCCAUAAAAGAAAAGGAAGAACUCGUAGCUGUUGUGGAUGCUCUACAGUCGCAAAUACAAAGGCAAGACACUAGCACAAAACAAGUCUGCGAGGAGAGGUCGGAGCUGUGCUCUACUUCUUCAAAGCAUGUAGAGAUGGAAGGUGAUAAUGUGGAUAAAGCUUGCUUAAGUGAUACAGAUCCAAUACCCUUUACUGAGAACAUAGUUGAUUUGGAUGAUGAUGGAGUCGACAUCCCUACAAUCGGGGUCACAGAUUGGAAUACUCCUUCUGAAGCAUCUGAUGUAAGAGAAGUAACCACUGAAUCUGAAGAUAACAGUUUGGAUAUUCCUGUUGAUAGCCAACCAGUAUCUGAGAAUGCCUUCCACGGUUAAACUAGCUUGGUGCCAUUUUUAAUCCCGUUGGCCUGUACUAAACUUUUUGUUUUAGUUCAUUGAAACAUUCUUAUUCAAAGCUCACUAUGAGCUCAUGGACUUGAUGAGUUCUUUCGCAAUGCGUUCCUUGUAUCCAAGUGGAAUAAAAUAGUCGAAUUGUGGUU